GGAUGGUGAACUUCAGCGAGGUGUCCGGGUACCCCCUCUUGCAGCACUGGAAGGUGCAGUCCGUCAUGUACCACGUCCGGCUCAACCAGCUGACCAUCUCCCAGUCCUUCAGCAACGCUCUCCAUUCUCUGGAUGGGGCCACCUCCCGUGGAGAUUUCGUGGCGCUGCUGGACCAGUUUGGCAACCACUACAUCCAGGAGGCAGUGUACGGCUUCGAGGAGUCCUGCUCCAUCUGGUAUCCCAACAGGCAGGUCCAGCGGCAGCUCUGGCUGGAGUACGAGGACAUCAGCAAAGCUUUCCAAAAGCAGAGGCAGCCUGAUGCCUGCCUGCUGCCGGCUGUCACCGGGACCGCGGCACCUCCUCUUCUGCUGGCCUUUGCCAAGCUGCCUGCGGGCGUUUUGCGGCUUGUGCUGGGGACGCUCUUGCAGGAGGCCACCAUGAGCUCGCUGUGGUGCUCAGGCAGCGGGGAUGUCAUCGAGGACUGGUGCCGCUGUGACUCCAGUGCCUUCGGGGCUGACGGGCUGCCCACCUGUGCACCUCUCCCGCACCCCACCCUGCGGCUCUCCACCGUUCACGAGCCCAGCAGCACGCUGGUGGUGCUGGAGUGGGGGCACUCGGAGCCCCCCAUCGGGGUGCAGAUCGUCGACUACCUCCUCCGUCAAGAGAAAGUCACCGAUAGGAUGGACCACUCCAAGGUGGAGACCGAGACGGUGCUGAGCUUUGUGGAUGACAUCAUCUCCGGAGCCAAGUCACCCUGCGCCAUGCCGGCCCAAGUGCCCGACAGGCUCUCCUCCACCAUCUCCCUCAUCGUUCGCUGCCUGGAGCCCGACACCACCUACGUAUUCACGCUCUGGGGAGUCGACAACACAGGGAGACGCUCCAGGUCCAGUGAUGUGAUGGUCAAAACCCCCUGUCCCGUGGUAGACGAUGUGAAAGCUCAAGAAAUAGCCGACAAGAUCUACAACCUCUUCAACGGCUAUACCAGCGGCAAGGAGCAGCAAACAGCCUACAACACUCUGCUGGACCUGGGUUCCCCCAGCCUGCACCGAGUACUUUACCACUACAACCAGCACUAUGAGAGCUUUGGGGAGUUCACCUGGCGCUGUGAAGAUGAGCUGGGACCCAGGAAAGCCGGCCUCAUCCUCUCGCAGCUGGGAGACCUCAGCAGCUGGUGCAACGGCCUCCUGCAAGAGCCCAAGAUCAGCCUCCAGCGCUCGUCCCUCAAGUACCUCGCGUGCCGCUACAGCGAGAUCAAACCCUACGGGCUCGACUG